UAUUUUCAAGAGCUUGAGAAAAUUAAGGAAAAAAAAUACCGAUAAAAAUGAAAUUCAACACUUUAUAUGUUUUUGCCACUUUUUGCCUCUGUUUGUUGGCCACCAUGCAAUGUUCGCAAGCUGAUAUUGUAUGUCCUGCUGAACAGCCUGAUGAUUCAUUGGUUGUACAAUUUCCUUCACCGACUAGUUGCAGUGAAUUUUACAAAUGUAAUCGCGGUGAGGCUGUUUUGAUCAAAUGCCCCGAAGGACUGGAUUACAAUGCACGUUUACAGGUUUGCGAUUAUCCCUACCGUGCUAACUGUCAGUUGGAAAUUGUCGCUUAAAGCUGUUCUAUGACAUCAAUACAUGAAAAAGAAAAACAUUUAAGUCCCCAAAAAAUAAAAAUCCUGUUAAUAUAGAUAUUGAAAAUAUUGUAUAUAUACUGCACUGCUUUUACGUGUUGAAAGUGAGUGUAUGGUAGAGGAUAAACAACAUUGACAAAUGGUUUUUUAAUGACUUCAGAAAAAUAAACUUUUAUUUCAACAUUAAA